UUCGAUGUCGUAUGGCGGUGCAGUUGCUUCUUAUUGUAUGUCAUGUUUGGUGAUGGAAGAAGUUGACUCAUUCUGCAAAAGGAAAACCACAAACCAAUAUAGAACGUUUUGACUUAUCACAGGGCUAGCUGGAGUCCAGUACCUACCAACUCCUUGUUUUAAGCUUAACGUUAGUGCUAACUCGUUUCCCUGCCACGUUGCCUUGGGUCUUCAACUUGAAUUAGUAUAUUCAUAUCCUGAUGCUGAUAUGAUAUGAUAUGUCUUCCACUCUGCACUAGCAGUUCUAUGUUUUUUUUAUACUCUAGAAAGCAGUUCUAUUUUUCUGGGGCACAUUGUUGACUGUUCAACUUUUGUACUAACUGCAAAUUCUACUAGACCAGAGAAUAUAGUACUAGUAUUUUGGUAGAUCGUAUUCUGUAUUAUUUUUAUUUUAACUAAUAACAGGACAGCUGGUGGCUGAAAGGGUUAUUUCCCUUGAAAAUUAUAUAAGUGGAGUUGAUAAGAGGCCCGCCUCAAACUCUCAAAGCACCUGCUUGUUUGGCGCCACCUCUCAUCUGUUUGUCGUUUGCUUACUCCUGCGGAUUCAUCAUAUUCCAGUCUUUACAAGCUGCCAUCAAGAUGUUGCCGCUUGAACAUAAGCCCGGGCACUGAGUUUUUUGGAUGGCAGUGACCUGCAGGACCUCCAAGAUAUCUGCCUUCCGUGGUUGCAAUUCUUGUGGGUCCUACUUUUAAUCUUGCAAGUGCUUCAAAGGGAAGGCCUGCACUGCAAGGGAGUAGUGAGGGAGGCAGAGUUAUGGGAGUUGUGCUUCUAGAUUUCUCUCACAAAUUGAUCAAACGACGAGCUUGUCUACGGUGGAAGCAAGCAGGCCGCGCAUCUUACCGUUGCAGCUAGUAUUUUCUGGCAGCUUGCUCCCAGUCUGCAACUUCUCUUUGCUGUGUUUGUUGCAUGAGGUUUGAGCUGUGAGCACAUGGGGUUGAACACAGAAUCGUUGCGAGGCUUGUGUUCUGAUCGUCUAUGGAAGUAUGCAGUAUUUUGGUCAAUCAAAAGCGAGAAGCAUGGCAUCUUGACUUGGGAGGAUGGCUACGUCGACAAGAUGACCAAAAACACGAGAGAUCAUUACGGGGGCUCAGCUGAUGGUGACAACCAGAUAAUAACACCUACUUCUAACGAUGGCCAAUAUCAAAGCUAUCCAUUUUGCCCCAUCGAGGCAGCAUUACUGCGCAUGUCUAGUCAUUCGUAUUCUCUUGGAGAAGAAAUUAUUGGUAAAGUGGCCAUUAUGGGACAACAUUGCUGGAUUUCUUCCAGUGAUCUUCGUUCAACUUUGGUGUACAAGUAUCACGAAGACUGGCAAUUUCAGUUUGCAGCAGGAAUCAAAACAGUUCUACUUGUACCAGUUAUUCCUUAUGGGGUUCUUCACCUGGGAUCUUUAUGUAUGCCUCAGGUUUUGGAAAGUUCAGCACUGGCGACACACAUGAAGGACCUGUUCUAUAAGAUUUACAAUCCCUCAAUUCCUCAUAAUCCUUCAGCCACAGGGUUCUGCUACUCAAAUUCUUUGAAAAGACCUACUGCAGAUGUAUCGUUGGAUCCCGCAGAUGUUCUGGCCCAUGACUUAUUUGAUGUGAUCAACAAUUCUGCUCAGCUAUUUACCAUUGAACACCUUAGUCUACCACAUCCGUUCACUCCGUCCGAGUUUCCAAUGUUAGAAGAUGUCAUUACAGGAGCGUACGAUAUUGGUCUAACAACUUGCUCAGAUGAGAGUGAUCUGUGGACCAAUGUUCAUGAAGCACCAUCUGAACUCACUCACUGCAAGACACUGGUCGACCCGGAGAUGAAAAACCUCUCAUUUAUGGAUAAGUUGAUCAAUUCCAACAGCAAACUGAGUUGCACAUCAGUAAUUAACAUACAAGAUGCGGAUUAUAAUAAUAUUGAUGAUUUUAUUCUGGCAUAUAUGGCACAAGAAUAUCAGGAGCACACAUGUGGCAGCACUUUAGUUUUAAAUGAUGAUGUUGUAACUUCAGAUUCUUCAAUUCACUCAAAGAUGCACAAAGAUCUUGAGGCAAUUCCCAGGGAAGAUAUUGAGAGCUUCAUGUGGCAUGGUAGAUUGAAACAACAAGAGUCUACAAGCCACUCUCUCCUUCAAGCGAAUGGAAAUAAAGCAUAUUCUUACUCACACCUCGAGACCAAUGAUUAUGCUGAAUUCUUAGUGGAUGCUAUAACCAACCAGGUUGGUAAUAUCCCAAACAGUUGCUCGUAUCACUCGACUGAUUCUUCGACUUCAAGUGAAACACAAAUACAGAGAGAAGAUCAUGCACUGAGGUUGGAUUCUUCGACUUCAUGCGGAACACAAAUACAGAGAGAAGAUCAUGCACUGAGGUUGGAGGAAUCGGCAAUCCCAGAUCCCUUUGGUGGUCGAGAAUUUUCACUUACAUCAGUCGAAGAAGGCUUCAUGACUUCCAAAAUGACUGUUUCGCUCCCGAAGGGAAUCAACAGGACCAUGACUGAAGAAUGCGUGGUUCAUACAAUUCAAGACAUGCACAGGGAAAUUUCAGUUGAAAUAAAGCAUGAAGGCGGAAAAAAAGAACUGCACAGACCAAGACCGAGAGACAGGCAACUGAUUCAAGACAGGAUGAAGGAGUUGAGGGAGCUCAUUCCAAAUGCAUCAAAGUGCAGCAUUGAUGCUCUCCUGGACAAAACAAUAACACAAAUGCUGUUCCUCCAAAGUGUAUCGGAGAAAGCUGAGAAGCAGCUUCAGAACAAAACAAGAAAUGAGAAGUUCGGUAACAAGGCCAAGAAGAAGCUGGAAAACUGCCCGCUGAGAGUGGAAGAGCUCGAGGAACCUGGUCAUCUUCUCAUUGAGAUAUUGUGCAAGGAGUAUGACGUCUUUUUCGAGACUGCGCAUCUGUUCAAGGGCCUUGAGGUCAGCAUACUGAAGGGAGAGCUGGAGCAUCGUUCUGGCCAGCUCUGGGCUUGCUUUGUUGUUGAGGCUUCCAAAUGUACAAACCAGAUGCAGAUUCUUUGCCCACUGAUGCACCUCUUGCAGAGGAGAUGAUUCCAUUGCCGCGUGUUCAGACAAGUGCCGCCUUGCAGCUAGUCCAGUUUCCGUUUCAAUAAGAGUGUGCAGUUACAGAAUAUACUGUUUCAUUGCAGACAUCUGUUUCCUUCUCUGAGACAUAUGGCAACCCAGAGUUGCUUAUGCUGUUACAGAAUAUACUUUGAUCACAGGACUGUGAAAUGCUAUGGUGUGAAAGGAAUGCAUUGUGUACCAAAAGUUCAUCAUAUGAAAGAUGCCUAUAAACUACUUAUUCAUUCGAUUUUUUUGAUUU